AUUGUAAAAGUACCAGAUGGAGGGGUAGGAUUUAAUAAGCUUUGCUUCUUCCUACUCCUUUUGGACAUGUGGAACUGUGAACUGAUUAUGGGAUGCAUUCAAUUGUAAUCUGAUGUUCAAACGAAAUUAAACCAUUAAACCAUUGUGUUAAAUUAUAUUUCUAUAAAUUCUGUUAUAAUAUGCCAUUACAUUACAUUCUAAUAUUUUUUUAAAGCAUAAAAAAGCUUUUUUUGACUUUCUGGAUUAGGGUUUUAACAUUGUUAGAGUCCUACAGACGUAAUAUAACACCCCAACAGUCAUUUUUACACUCCUGUUAUUCUUGUAUUGGAAUCAUGUAGACAUCAAAUAAUAAGAAUAGGUUGGUGACAAAUGACUGCUGUUAUAUUAUUAUUAUAUGAUUAUAUUAUAAUCGACUUCCCGCAUCGCUAAAAAUAAAAUCCCUUCAAGGAAUUCUCAUCUCCGAAUGAAAACAAACAUUCCGAGCAUGUAAUGACACAAAAACGCAGGCGGAUGAGACAACAGUACUCGUGUUGGUGUUUCAUGGUCGCUGUCAAGUUAUCCCGCCCCCAUGGCUCUCUCUCCUAUCUCUCGCUCAGCCGCCCCCCCGCCCCCCACCCCCCGUCCUCCAGUCCUCGCUCGCUCCCUCUCUCUCUCUCCGGCAGUCUGCCGGAGCUCCACACGAGGAUUAGAGGCUUGCUGUGGUGUCAGACAGAAGACGGAACCACACACACGUCUCCAGAAGAUUAGAUGGUCGCGGCGGACACAUUUGCUCGUUCAUCUCGUCUCCACGCGGCCUCCACCUGAUUGCCGAGAUCUUACCUGAGACGUAAACCACAGGGACUACCUCCUGGACCUCCACACGGGGAGCCAUGUGAGCUGCACCCCACUUCCCCAACACUCUCCGCCGGAUCCCUCCCCGUCCCUACAUCAUCCACCUUCUGGACUCCCGUAGAGGGAGACCCCUCGGAGACACCGCUUUUCGGGGUGAACCGGUUGGGGUGUGAGUGGCGCCCUGGUCUGGAGGCCCGCCGGCAGCACCCCAGCACCAUGGAUUACCUGUUCAGCUUUGUGGUGCUGCUGUGCGGGGCAGCGCAACCGGGGGCGGGACUGGAGCCCAGGCACAACGUCCCCAGGCUCAAGCUGUCAUAUAAGGAGAUGCUGGACUCCAGCAACCUGGUCAACUUCGGGGGCGUGGCCAACAGCUCCGGCUACGACACCUUCCUCCUGGACGAGGAGCGAGGACGACUCCUGGUGGGCGCCGAGGACCACGUCUUCUCCUUCGACCUGGUCAACAUCAACAGGGACCACAGACAGAUCGCCUGGCCCGCCACCCCCUCCAAGCGGGACGAGUGCAAGUGGGCGGGGAAGGACCUCGGGGAGUGCUCCAACUUCAUCCGCGUGCUCCAACCCUACAACCAGACCCACCUGUACGUGUGCGGCACCGGAGCUUUUCAUCCCAUCUGCGCUUACCUGGAAAUGGGCAAGAGAGCCGAGGACAACAUCUUCCGCCUCGUUCCCCAUUUUGAGAACGGACGCGGGAAGAGCCCCUACGACCCCAAAAUGCUGUCGGCAUCGCUUCUCAUCGACGGGGAGCUGUACUCGGGCACGUCAGCCGACUUCAUGGGCCGGGAUUUUGCCAUUUUCCGGACCCUGGGUGAGCAUCAUCCCGUCAGAACGGAGCAGCACGACUCCAGGUGGCUCAAUGAUCCCAGAUUCGUCGGGGUUCACUUGAUCCCCGAGAGCGACAACCCCGAGGACGACAAGAUCUUCCUGUUCUUCAAAGAGAACGCCAUGGACGGCGAGCACACGGGCAAGGCCACCAUCGCCCGCAUUGGACAACUGUGUAAGAACGACAUGGGAGGCCACCGCAGUCUGGUCAACAAGUGGACCACCUUCCUGAAGGCCCGGCUCAUGUGUUCCGUGCCGGGGGUCAACGGCAUCGACACACACUUUGAUGAGCUCCAGGACGUGUUCCUGAUGAGUGCCAAGGACCCCAAGAACCCAGUCAUCUACGCCGUCUUCACCACGUCCAGCAACAUCUUUAAAGGCUCGGCGGUGUGCAUGUACAACAUGGCCGACAUCAGGAGGGUCUUCCUGGGGCCGUACGCCCACAGGGACGGACCCAACUACCAGUGGGUGCCCUUCCAAGGCAGGGUGCCCUACCCGCGACCUGGAACUUGUCCGAGCAAGACCUUCGGCGGCUUCGACUCCACCAAAGACCUCCCGGAUGAUGUCAUCACCUUCGCCAGGGGCCACCCGGCCAUGUACAACCCCGUGCACCCCAUCGGCGGGCGCCCCAUCGUGGUGCGCACGGACGUGGGCUACCAGUUCUCGCAGCUGGUGGUGGACCGCGUGGAAGCCGAGGACGGGCAGUACGAUGUCAUGUUCAUCGGCACGGACGUAGGAACGGUGCUGAAGGUGGUGACCAUCCCCAGAGAGAGCUGGCAUGACCUGGAGGAGGUGGUGCUGGAGGAAAUGAGCGUCUUCAGGGAGCCAACGACCAUCACCGCCAUGGAGCUGUCAACCAAACAGCAACAAUUGUACCUGGGCUCGUCGCUGGGCGUCUCCCAGAUGCCCCUGCACCGCUGCGAGGUGUACGGCAAAGCCUGCGCCGAGUGCUGCCUGGCUCGGGACCCCUACUGCGCCUGGGACGGCGCCGAGUGCUCCAGAUACUUUCCCACCGCCAAGAGGCGCACCAGACGGCAGGACAUCAGGAAUGGCGACCCACUUUCCCAGUGCUCAGACCUUCAGCAUCAUGAUGACGUGGAUGGCGCCGGUGGCGUGGGCGGCGUGGAGGACCGCGUGGUGUACGGCGUGGAGAACAGCAGCAUGUUCCUGGAGUGCAGCCCCAAGUCCCAGCGGGCGCUCAUCUACUGGCAGCUGCAGAGGCCCAACGACGAGCGCAAACAGGAGAUCAAGCUGGACGACAGGCUGCUCCGCACGGACCAGGGCCUCCUCAUCCGCAGCCUAGCCCAAGCGGACACGGGCGUCUACCACUGCCAGGCGGUGGAGCACGGCUUCAUUCAGCCUCUCCUGCGCCUCAACCUCCAGGUGGUCCCCUCUCAGAGGCUCGGGGACAUCCUGCCGGGGCACCUUUCCGUCGGGGCGGCCCCUUCAGGCAAGCAGCGUGUGUGGUACCGGGAUUUCCUGUCUCUCCUGGAUCACCCGGACCUCAACAGCGUGGAGGAGUUCUGCGACCGUGUGUGGAAGAAAGAACGCAAGCAGAAGAAAUCGAAGGCGCCGAACGCCAACCCGUCGUUACGGCCCAAAGCCGUGGCUCCCAACGCUCAGAAGCAGCAGCAGGCCAGUCCAGCAGCGCAGGGCAAAACGUGGCCGCAGGCCGGAGCGCCGACAGCGGACGCUAACCAGAAACUGGGAAUGCUUAGCGUCCAGGCGCCCAAGAACCAACCCAAGACGCAAAGCAACCCGGGCGCUCCGCGGGCGGGAGGGCAGCAGCAGGCCGCUAAAUGGAGACGCAUGCAGGAGAGCAAGAAGGGACGCAACAGGAGGACCCACGAGCUGCAGAGACCCCCGCGUAGUGUUUGAGUCCUAUCAAGGAGAAGCGCACAAACAAGCACAUCCAACACAUCCUGUAGAUUGUGUCGGAUUCUCUUCGCCGUACUCCUUCAACGACAGGAAGAGCCCAAUAAACUGGAAAAAGGCGUUCGGACUUCCACUUCCUGUAUAUAUAUAAGCUAGUCCAAUAAGCCACACAGAAAACUGUGACUCGGAGGCUUCAAGAAAAAAAAACUAAAAAGCACAUCCUCCACAACGUUUUGACUUGAGCAUGUGACCCCCACCCCCUUUGCCCCCUCCCUUAGUGACAAGAAACUCUUUCUACAGAGCCUUCCAUGUCUCAUCAGCAUCACAUGCACACCAACAUAAACAGGAAAUGAACUGCGCAUGUUGUCCAUUAUUUUCAUAAGCUAGUUAUUUUAUGGAAUUCUUUGUAAUUUUUUUUUUUUUUAUAUCGACUUUCCUACCCGAACCUUCGACAGCAUCACUGUGGUGGUCUCAUUGCCCCCCCGACACCCCUUCCUCUGUGUAACUUAUUACAUCACACACUCAUUUUGUGUACAUAUAUAUACAACAAAAUUCACUCUGUGUAUAUACAGUACACCUAAUCCUUAUUUAUUGCUCGUUUUUUUUUUUUUUCUUGUGAAAGGGGUGCAUUUAUUUUUGAUAUUAUGCUAUUUUUGGGUGCGUCAUCAGCGGAAAGGAAAACUUUGGACCAACUGACACAGUAAUACAGAACAUAUGUUUAAAAAAAAAAAAAAAGACCCAGCAAUAAUAAGCACAACACAUAUUUUUUAGAUGCCAUCUUUGUGUCUUUUGUGUGUAAGAUCACCCCCCCCCCACCCACCACCCUCAACCCCCCCUAAAAAAAACUGUUAGCUGUGAAUCUCUGUAAGAAGUAGUGCAGAAAACUAGUCAGAGGAGAAGACAUGUUAUAUUGCAUGUGAAUGCUGCCUACUGUAAGUGCAUCUUUCUAUUGUCUCUUGAGCGUUUUUUUUUUUUUUGUGUGUGAGACAGCUCCCUUAAUGAUAUUACUUUUGCUGACAAACACCAUGAUGAUGAUAAUAAUAAGCUGGCAAAAAAAAAAGGUGCUGGAUCAUAAAUAAUGUACCUUUUUACACAAUAAGAGUAGAGCAUCCACACAUUGGCACAGAAAAAAAUUAAUUUAGUGUAUUCUUAAUUGAACACUGAGAGCUGAAAGUGACUGCUGCUGUAAAACACUUCUUUAUGGCAUGUUGUCUGAAUAAAAAUCUGUUAG